AUGUGGAUUUUGUUUAUCACGGCAUUAUGUUGUCUAUAUUUGUACACAUGGGUACAUUUUUAUCCGGGAAAAUUUCCAGUUUAUCCCGGUGGUAUACCAUUGCUGGGAAAUGUUUCUAUAUUAUUUUCUGGUGACACGGAAAAGGUAUGGGAAACCAUAAAGAAAAUAUUCAAAUUUUCUUUUGAAAACGGUGAUAUAGUUUUAAUCUAUUUUGGUCCCAUACCUUUUUAUAUUAUCACAGAUCCCGACGACUGCAGCACAGUAUUGACUUCGAGUAUGCACCGGUCAGGUAUCGCAAAGAAAUUAGCGAAAACUUUUGUCGGAAAUGGUCUGCUAUUCAGUCCAGUUUCAGUAUGGAAGGAACACCGCAAGCUAAUAAACCCGACAUUCAACCAGCAAGUACUGGACGGUUUCAUCGAAACAUUCAACUUGCAAAGUCGGCGGCUGGUGCAGGAAUGGAAGGAGAAUGCUGGCAAAGAUCCAUUUGAUCAGCACUUGGGUUUAGAAAAGAAUGCUAUGGAAACUAUUUGUUUUACAACAGCAGGAGUAGACCUCUAUGAUCAGAAUGAAUUUAAUAAUAAAUGUUUGAUGGCUUUUGGUGAUAUUAUGAACUUACUGGCGAAGAGAGCGAUGAACCCAUUGCUCUAUUUUGACUUCUUAUACAAUAUAUCCGACAUGAAGAAAGAGGAACUCCAACACGUCAAAAUUACGCACGAAUUAACAAAUAUUGUUUUAAAGAGAAAAAUAGAGAGCCAAGAUAAGGAACAAGAUGAAAAAUCUAACACGAAAUUUAAGCCGUUCUUAGAAAGACUACUAGAGUCAUCGGACAAAUUGAGUACACAAGACUUAAAAGAUGAAACGAACAGUAUGAUUCUGGCCGGCUUUGAGACCACCUCCGCAAUACUUUCCUACUGUCUGGUGCUGCUCGGAACAUACACCAAUGUACAGGAAAAAUGUUACCAAGAAAUAAACGAAGUGUUCGGUGAUUCAAACCGAGACGUUACCAAAGACGACUUACCCCGACUUAAGUACAUUGAAAUGGUACUUAAAGAGACUAUGCGGCUGUGUCCUGGUGUACCGUAUAGUACGAGAGUUAUUACUGAAGAUGUACAACUAAAGAAUGCGGUUCUGCGCAAAGGCCACCUGUGCUUUGUAGCGCUGUAUGGGGCCAUGCAUCACCCCACAUGGGGACCUGAUGUAGAAGAAUUCAUACCAGAGCGUUGGCUGGAUACCAGCGGUCUGAAUCCCAACGCUUUUGGGGCUUUUGGAUACGGGAGACGGAAUUGUGUCGGUAAAGUCUACGCGAUGAUGACGAUGAAAGUGUCAAUGGUACACAUCCUUCGGGCAUACAGAGUAAGCGGAGAUUACCACCGAAUGCGCAUAAAAAAUUUGGGAAUAAAUAAACCUGUCGACGGACACCAAAUUACCUUAUAUAACCGAUAA